AAAUAAUCCGGUUUUAAAAUCUUUCAACGGUUUUUAAAAUUUGAAUUUUGAAACGUGCGAUUCGCAAAAACUGUUUACAAACACACGUGCGCGGUGAAAUAAAAAGUUCUCAAAAAGAAUCGGAAUAUUAACAAGAAAAGAUGUCUCUAGAUUUCGACGUAACAAUUGAUAGUGAAGAAGAGGAAGAUCCAAUUGAAGAUUCAGAUACAGUUGCCAAUAUUCAGGAAGUAUUUAGACAGAAAUUUUUUAUCGACUUUCAAGAAUGUGCUACUUUAAAGAAGAAAUACAUCACUCAUGCUGCUAGCAGCAAUGACUACUCAAAAAUAGCAAUUGGAAUAGGAAAUGAGAUGCAAGUUUAUGAUUUCACAUCUACAGGAUUGAGUAAAUAUAUUGGAAAGAAUGAAUUUGGACAGUUUAGUCAUCCAGUUUCUGGAGUCAAGUUUUUCAAUAAUGAUCCAAAUUUAGUGAUGGCAUCGACGAUAUCAGGCGAAAUUCAUAUGUAUGACUUACGGUCUUUUAAGAAAGUUUUCAUGUUUGAAGAUGAUACCGAAAUUUUAGUCAAGCCAGUUAAUUGCUUUGAUGUAAAUGCCAAUGAUCGCCUUAUAUGUGCAGGAACCGAUGAAUUAAAGAAUGAAGUUUACCUGCUUUUCUUUGAUAUUCGUGAGCGUCGACUUAUGGGUGGAUUUUUUGAGUCACAUCAAGAAGAGAUAACAGAUGUAAAGUUCCAUCCAACAGAUCCAGACAGUUUAGCAAGUGGAAGUACUGAUGGAUUAAUCAAUAUCUUUGACUGUAAACAAGAAAGUGAAGAUGAUGCUCUUUUACACUCGCUCAAUACAUGUGAUUCAAUUAACAAGCUUAAAUGGCAUCAAGACAACAAAUUAUCAUGCAUAACAAACACAAAUGACUUACAUCUUUACGAUAUCGAUAGUCAGGAUCUGUUGAAGAAAUGGGAGAGAUCCGAAAUAACAGAAUCAAUGAAAAGAAAAUCAGUCGUGGAUUGUAAUAUUAUUGAUUGUCAUAAUAUAGGAACUGAAAUGAUGUUUGUAGCUACUUCAAAUUACAACAAAGGAGAAUGCAUUAGGAGUAUUAAGUUUAAUGAAAAGUCAUUAGAUCCACUUGCUAAUAUUACUGGAAAUAAUCAAAUCAUUAGAGCUAGCUUGUACAAUGAGAAGGAUAAUGUCUAUUUAACGUUUGGUGAAGGAGCAAUCAUUUCAGUCUGGAAGGAAGGAAUGUCGAGCGAUAAUGGUACUUCCUCAAAACAAAUGAAGGAAGAAUCCUCAGUAAAGAAGAAGAUGAAAAAGAAAGCCAAUCCAUAUUAAGAACAAUAAAGUUUAUUUUAAUCUGUAAAAAUAUUCAAUUAACCAAAUUGACAGAAUAAAAGUUACAAAUAUGUCUUCUAAAUAAAA